CGGCGGCUAUGGCGGCGCGGAGCAGGCCGCGGCUCUGAGGGCAGCGGCAGCCCGAGCCCCGGCCCCGCGUUCCCGCAGGCGCUGACACCCGCGGCGAGCCCCCCGCCGUGCCGGCACCGAGGAGGAGGAGAGGCGCUGUCCAGAGCCCAGUGGCCGCGGGGCCCCUGGUGCCUGGAGGCGCCGGUAUCCGGCCCAGGGCCGCAGGUAUCCCCCCCGUGCCCAGGCGGGGCGCUGAGGAGACGCCGGGGCACGGCGGGGGAGCGGCGCGGGCAGCCGGGUCUCCGCGCGGGAUGAGCCCCCGCGCAGCCAGCACUGCCGCCCCCCCGCAGGAAGCUGAAGGAGGACUUCAUCCCUACGCCUGUGCUAGAUUUCAGAUUGUCAGAUGCAAUGGACACUGAUCUCAGUUCCCAGGACAGGAAGGACCUGGACAAGUUCAUCAAAUUUUUUGCUUUAAAGACAGUACAAGUGAUUGUCCAGGCCCGACUUGGAGAGAAAAUCUCUACCCGAUCAUCAUCCUCCCCAACAGGCUCUGACUGGUUCAAUUUGGCAAUCAAAGAUAUACCAGAGGUUACUCAUGAAGCAAAGAAAGCCCUGGCAGGACAACUCCCUGCGGUUGGAAGGUCUAUGUGUGUGGAGAUUUCUCUCAAAACCUCAGAGGGGGACUCCAUGGAGCUGGAAAUUUGGUGUCUAGAAAUGAAUGAGAAGUGUGACAAAGAAAUCAAAGUUUCAUACACCGUAUACAACAGGCUGUCUCUGCUGCUGAAGUCUUUGCUUGCUAUAACUAGGGUAACUCCUGCCUACAGACUCUCAAGGAAACAAGGCCAUGAAUAUGUAAUAUUGUACAGGAUAUAUUUUGGUGAAGUGCAACUGAGUGGCUUGGGAGAAGGUUUCCAGACGGUCCGUGUUGGGACAGUGGGUACCCCAGUGGGCACCAUCACUUUGUCUUGUGCUUACAGAAUCAACCUUGCUUUCAUGUCAAACAGGCAGUUUGAGAGGACCCCUCCUAUCAUGGGGAUUAUCAUUGAUCACUUUGUGGACCGUCCCUAUCCCAGCUCUUCACCCAUGCAUCCCUGCAAUUACAGAGCUGGUGAGGACAAUGGUGCAGUAUACCCCUCAGUAGAAGAUUCCCAAGAAGUGUGUACCACAUCUUUUUCCACCUCUCCUCCAUCUCAGUGUGUUUUUACUGUCACAAAGGCACAUUUUCAGACCCCUCCUCCUGUGGUGACGGACACCCUGAAGGUCCCAGUGAUGGGACUGGCCUUUUCACACCAACUUUCCAGCUCUCGUCUUUCCUAUCAGCCUGCUGCCCUGGGAGUUGGAUCAGCUGACAUGGGGUAUCCUGUACUCUUUGCUGGUGGCUUGAAUGCUGCACACCCUCACCAGUUGCUUGGCCCAGGCAAAGAGGGGGGAGUUCCCCCAGUUCCCAGCCAGCCAGCACAUGGCACUCAAGCUGACCAAGAGAGGAUGUGCACCCCACUGGAUGGAGGCCACUACUCAGCAGCUACUCCUUCUAGUAGCGAGGACACAGAAACAGUAUCAAACAGCAGCGAAGGGAAAUGUGGCUCCCCACAUGACCUUCUGGAGACCUUCUUUAUCCGGAAGGUGGGAGCUUUUGUCAACAAACCCAUUAACCAGGUGACCAUGGCCAACUUAGACAUUCCUUUUGCCAUGUUUGCUCCCAAGAAUGUUGAGCUGGAAGAUAACGACCCCCUGGUCAAUCCUCCUGACUCCCCAGAAACUGAAUCUCCUCUACAAGGCAGCUUACACUCGGAGGGCUCCAGUGGCAGCAGCACAGGGAACACCCAUGAUGACUUUGUUAUGAUUGACUUUAAACCAGCAUUUUCAAAGGAUGACAUUCUUCCAAUGGACCUGGGAACGUUUUACCGUGAGUUCCAGAACCCCCCUCAACUCAGCAGCCUCUCCAUUGACAUUGGAGCACAGUCCAUGGCAGAGGACUUGGACUCGUUACCAGAGAAGCUUGCAGUCCAUGAGAAAAAUGUCAAAGAGUUUGAUGCCUUUGUAGAGACCUUGCAGUGAAGCUGUUUCCAGUUCUUCCUUCUCAAGGCAUUCUGGAAAAUGACGUCAAGAAAUAUCUCUGUUGCCCCUGCUCUGCCUUUUGUCUCACUUUGAUUAGUUCCUUCCAUCAAGUGAGCUUCCUUGGAUUGCUGUCUUCAGCAGCAGAUCGGAUUUUCCUCAACUACACCACUGCAUAGUUCUGGACUGCUUUUCCUGCUCACAGUUUCGAAUUUAAGACUUCAGCAGAGACACAAGAAGGCAAAACUUCAAUGUAUGAAAUCUGUUCUCUCUUCAGUCUCUGUUCUCUGUGGAGGGGCUUUGUGAAAAGUUGCCAUAUGCUUCCUCCAGAGGUCCUACGGUGUAAGUUCCCUCGGUGUAGCUUCCUGCUAACAGACUCUUUCCUCCAGUCUCCAACCCUGUUAGAGCAUAGAAAGCUUUGGCUCAUUUCCAGGGGCUGUGAGUUCAGCAGAUUUAACAGUUUCCACUCCAGGACAUCCAUUCCGUAGAAUGGGGCAUUUCAUCCUGACUUCAGUGUGAGUGCCUGGAGCCAGGGCGAGACGUCAGCGUUGGGACCUGUGUAAUAUAAGUAGUUACCUUUGUUUUACUGCUUCUAAGGAACUGGGCCUCCACUUGUUUUGUGUGAGGCCUUCUGUUAGGCUGGCUGAUAAGCAGGAAUGGAACUACAGAAGAGCUUUCCACAUUUCCUUCCUGAGCAUACUGACGCUCGGCCGUGCUGAGUUGAGCAGUGUUGACUGUUGGCAAGCCUGCAUGUAGCAGCUGUGAUAGUGCUGAAUUCACAGUCUCUGCUUCUGAAAUACAACUGUAAAUACUAGGAAUCCUAUUUCUUUAGGGUUAUGUUACUAGGAGUCUUUAGUCCAAGAUUCUUUCCUCUAACCCUUGCAGACCUUUCCUGCUUUAUGGUUAAUAGAUGAUCUUAAGAGUCAAGAAAUAUUUAUUGCUUUUAAAGAAGCCUAUAUUUCAAAGAUGUUCUGUUUUCAUGUAGUAGUGCGGGUCAUUCUGCUCUGGAUCACUGCAGACAGCAAGUGUGCCAUGGAACCCUGGCCAGUGAGACUGGUCUCUCCUUGCAGGAAAGUAUCCAAGAUAUUUAUUUUCUAAGACAGACUUGAUUAUUCUAAUAUAAUACUCUGUUUUGGGGACUUUGUGUCCAUUACAUCCAGUCAGGGCCCACUGACAGAAUUAAACGCACACAGGAGUGGGGUGGAAUGGCAGGGGUUUGGUAAAAAGCUGUGUUCUGAUAGGCAUGGAUGAAUUUGCAGUGUUUUCAGCCAUUCAGAAGGCAGCUUCUUGAAAGAAGCACAUUUUGGGGGGGAGCUUAUGGUACUUUUUAAUCAGCUGGCUUUUGAUUAGCUGAAAUGUUAUUUUUGUAAUGAUGUGGUUAUCAGCAGUGUGAGUGGCAGUGCUCAAGGGUUGAUUUGGCUGGUGCGUGUCUUUUGCCUGAUGUAAGGAGGGGAGGAGAAACAGUGACACUAAACAGAAGCUUAGAUAAGGUAGGUCGCCUUGUGGUUCUCUCUCUUCCUCCUAUGUGUAACUACAGUGAGCAACUACAGGACCCCUUACUGUCCUAAAACACUUUUUCUUUCUCUGGAAGUGGAGUUGUGUUGCCUCAGGCCUGAGGAGACAUCUUAAUUUCCUUAGAGUGGCUGAGUAACCAGCCUUUUAGGUAGUGCAAUGUGGGAGCUUCUUCAGCUUAACUGAAAGAGAUCAGAAGCAGCUGAUGGGGGAACCCGCUGUAGAACACUAUUCCUGUGCCACUGCUGGAGCAAGGAACCAGGUUCAGAAUGGAGCUUGCUGUAAGGUCAGAGCAACAGAAUGCUUUUAUGUUGAGUGCUGUGUUCAGGGGGAGGCCAUAUGAGCUCUAAAACUCUAGGGGAGAGCUUUACUGAAGGACAGCUGCCCACCAGAACUUCUUCAGCUUACUCAAGCAAAUCAACUUUUCAGCAGCCUUGCACAGAAACUGCUCAGUCCUUGCAAAAUAAGAUGCCCAAACAUUUAAGAAAGCUUCCAAGGUAGACUGUGCACAAGAGUGUUUAAGUUACAUGGGCUCUAACAAACACUUGAUCCCCACAGCCAGAGCCACCUUGUUUUACAGGUGGAAAGGGUUGCAGAAGGGUGCAGGAGCAUAAGGGACGAAUAUUAUCAGCUGGCUCUCACCUGUGCUUAGGAAGCUGGUCUCUGCCACCUUCUAGCUCAGAGAUGUGGUUGCUGUCACCUUCCUCUCAAUGUACAGGCUGUGCUUGGGAGAGUGAUGCAGUCUGGGCUGCAAAGCAGCAGCACUGGGGUGAAGUGCUGGUUCACUCUAUUAAUGAAGAAUAGACUAGGUUGAACAUCAUCGAGCCAGUGCUGCUGCUGUCUCCUUCUCACAGAGGCACACUGUGGAGUUGGCAGAAGGCAAGCCAUUCUUGCUGAUCCUGUCCAGAAGGUCCCCAGAGCCAAAUACUUCUCAUUGAUGCUGAUGGCUACAGCUCCCACAUCCCAGAAGGCAGAACGUCAGUGUGGCACUUGGGGUUUUUCUACUUCAGAAGGCUGGAAACUUGCCUAUAUGAGCUGCUAGUGUUGAGCUGGAUGGCCACAGCAGUAAAGAGAUUCUCUAGGGCUGAGUUACGUGCCUCUUUUCUGGACAUUCCUCAGUUUCAACACAUGGUUGCUGUAUCUAUGCUCCCUGACCACUGCACAAAUGCUCUGCUUCAGGAAAGAUCUAGGUGCUGCUGUGGCCUGCCACAGAUUGUGUUAUGAAGGCUGUUUAUUUUAGCAGCUGUCUGCUCGAUUCUAUAUUAAGGACAGGAUGUAUGUAGCUGCUGAUUCACAGAUAACUUUGGGUGAAGGGGAAGGCUCCUAAAUUGCAUUGUUUUGGAAACAGUCUCCAAUGUACUUCAAGUAUUCAAAGACUUUCCAAUAAAACUUUUAUGUAAGCAA